CUUCCUUUUCGAGAAUAUCCCAACAUAAGGGCCAGUGCAUCUCUUCAAUUGGUACUUGUGGAUGUCUUUUUUUCCCUUUUUCAUACAUACGAUGGUUGGCCGCUGCUAGGAUCCCUUCAUUAGCUCUCUACUCCUUAGUUGUCGGAUCUAGUAGUAGGUCUACCCGAAGACCGAUUUCUUGAGUUUUUUUCUCUUGGCCGCUGGAAAACCUUUCGAUCUUGGUAACAGGUCCAUCUCUCGUACCAAUGGCUCCUUUUGGCGCCUCACUUCAAAACCGAGGUGCGCAGCAAAGAGUUUCCUAAAAAAACAAACCAUCUUUUCAUUUAUGUACCACCAAUUUUGAGUUUUUCUGAUUACGGUCAACUAACCGGCACUAUAACUGAGCAAAAUCUUCCUAAACUGAUAAACAAGUGACUGGAAUAAGAAGUGAUCCGACAAUCCCAUGGGUGUCAAAAUAUGUCCAUCAGAACGGGUGAAAGAGAACUGCCUUGUGGUAUGCCCUUUUCAAUAGCGGAGUCGCCCUUUCAGUCUUUCUCCAUUCUAUCUGUAGUAAGGAAAGCAUGAAGAAGAUUGCUUCAAUCAUAACAGAAAAAAGAAGAUUCAAGGCUGAAAGAGGACCCUCUUUCCAAGACGUUUUGGUUUGCACUAAACCAAACCGUCUUUCUCGUUAUUACAGAAAAAAAAAAGAUAGAUGACUGCCUCCGUGGGAUUACCGCCUUUUCGAUCAAGCGGGUAAGGCGCUAGAAAUGCCCCACAGGAAUGUACUGAAGGUCCCUUUGGUUCGCUGUCCGGGGCGGGGAAUGGGAUAACGAGAGGAACAUAGAAAGAAAAAGAGACUUUCUCUUACUAUUAGGUAAUGAUAGUCGACGACUCGAAUCCUUACUUAUAUAUAUCUUUCUAUAUCCCGCAAAUAAUCCAUCUUGAGCAGCUGCUCAGAAUAAGGGUGAAGUCAAUGGAUUGACAUAAAGUUCACUCGUUGGUAGAUGAGUCACGACUAUAUCCUUAUUAGUAGAGUCUCCUUCUUACUUCUUACUAAACUAAAGGUCCUCUGAUGUGCUUCGAACUACCAUCAAACAAAUUUUCAGACCGGAUCUACAGGGAGAUAUAUAGAGUCACUCUCCCCUGACGUAAUAGGGUAACAAAAUUUCUUGCAUCUAGCGCCUUUUUCAAAAUCCAGAUCACUUCAACAUGUUGGAGCUAGACGCUUCUCGAAGCCGUCACACAAUUAUGCAACUCACUCGGCCCUCAUGGCCCGCAUACACAUAUACAUCUUGCUGGAUCGGGAGAUCGCAUCUCCUCCAAGCAAUAAGAAAAAAGAGAAAGAGGAUCCAAGGCUAUCUUCACUGCUACUCUAAGCAGCAUCUACGAAACCUAACACCCUCAUCGGCGUCCUGGUAACACAACAAACAAAUAGCACUAUGUGCCCUUCAGACACUAAAAAAUCCCUUGAAUGGUUCACUAUAGAGUUCUACCUAGAUCACCAAAACCACGACAUUCAGAAAUAUGUCAUGGCGUUCCAAAGAAACUAUAUACAUGAGGCAAGCCAUCGCAUGGGCAAACGCGACCCUAGUCACAACCACCUUUCACCUUUGCCUGAUCCGUCUAAGGACACUUUCAGUCACUCAACUCCUAGUAGCAAUGGGUCAAUCAAUAUGUCAAGACACCUUCCAAAUAGAUCUAGGCCUCAAGAUAGACGAAAAAGAUGCUAAAGUCAAGAAGGUCCCUUCACCAUCUAUCCCAUCCAUUUGAGUGAACUUUGACGGCUACGAGGUUAUCCUAGAGAUACACAUAGCCAAUAUGCACUGUUUUGAGUGAAAAGAAAAAGACUUCAAAAACAAAUUCGUCUGAGUCAAAAGAAACUCAGGAGAAUCAUCCCCCGGUUCAAACUCGAAAACGAGAACUCCUGCCAGAUGCUGGGGUUAUUGGAAGAGCUCUCCCACUAACGUUGGCAACCGUGGGCACGCUCCCACUAUAACCAACGACCGGAGGGAUACUCCCACUGACUGGGAGCAUCACAUCAAAUUUGACCAUCUCAUCAGAUUCACCCUAAAAAAAACGACCACUCAACUAAGCCCACGGAGCGGUCAUUCUCAUUCAUUUUCUCUCUUUUUCCAAAGUCAAAAAAAAAGGUACAAGACAUUGAGAAAGGCAAGAGUUUUGAUUUUUCCAAAAGAAAAAGGCGCUAAACACCUUUCUUUUAGAAAAAUAUGGCAAGGGAUGAAGACGCAAGUCGCGGAACCCCAUGUUCUCGAAGUUCUUCAAAUCGAGCUUGUGACCCGUCCACUAAUCAUGGGACCCUUUUGCAUAUAUAGAAUAAGAACCCCAUGUGACAUACAAGUCACAGUGUGCAAAGCGUCUAACCUAUUCACUCAUGGGCUCAUAGGUAUUGGAGUGCAAAGUCUCAAACAACGCACUCGAUCAGCCAGACUUAGGGAAUGGACUCUUAGUCACUGUUUCAGACAAACAAUAUCCGCACAGGGGAGGUCGUCGUACUUAUCUCAGGACUCUAGGUGUUUGAUCCCAUCUAUUCUAGCCAUCCACUCUUUGAGCUUCUAAUAAGAAGUCAGAAACUGCACUACGAAGAUAUCCAUUGUCUUUGAGAACGUUAGAAAAACUUUCAAAACUAUGCUCGUGAUGCUUGCUUGAGCCCAACAAUUGCCUUUUCUUUUUUAGCUUACAGACUCUUGUAUGUCCUUUUCGCUGAAACCAGGUGGUUGUUCUCUUUUUUAGGCACAUUGCUGCAGAAGUGAUUAGGCACGUUGUAGGUGAUGGAAGGAAAACUAGACUGUGGACUGAUCCGUGGUUGUCCCAGGGAAGAAUUGUAGAUGUUGUUGUAAGGAAUGUGAUGCUUGACUUUGGUUAAAGAGACUCUUUGGUGAGUAGAUUGAGAGUGAAUGGACAGUGGGCCCUCCCCUUUCACCUCAACUCUGGCUCAGCUGUGGGAAGAGAGAAAAAGGGUGGAACUUCCUGCCCGAGGUACACAAGAUCAGGUUGUGUGGAGCAAGGAGGCGUCGGGGGAGUUUUCUAUUGGUCUGCUUGGAAUGUUAUCAGACGCAGAGGCCAUCCAGUUGAAUUGUUUUUCAGAAAGAAAUAUGACAGACCAAAAGAGGCCUGUUGUGCAUGGCGAGUUAUGAAUGCGGUGAGGCUACUGAUGUAGACUGUUUAGCGGUUAGCUGCGGGUAAAGGAAACAUAGACCGAGGACCGGUAAGCGGAUUCAAAGUUCACUUAUGAAAGCAACGGUUAGGGCAGCGGGGGUAGCAGUUUCAGACGAGUAACUCAGUCGUGUCUGAAUUCCCUUGCUUCGCUCCGCGCCUCCGGUUGUAUGUUAGACUAGCAGGCGCAACGUGAAGGAACGACUCGUCCUUCGCUACGGCCUGCUGUGUCAAAUGUAUGAUAGGCUGCGAACGACGCCUAGGGUUUAUCCCGGUAGGUUCUUCAGAGGUCUGUGUAUCUCAAGUCAAUCCCCUUUAGCAAGGCGCUAGCUUACCAAAAAAGAUGCAUAUACAGUUGUCGAGGCAGUUCACAAUUUCAUACCUUCGUAGCCUAAAAUCAAUUUGAGUACCGGAGCGGGAAAAACAUUGCUGACUCAGCGAUAAACUAAUGUCUCAACAGGGGAAUCACCUUGGAAAACAAAAGAAGUAGUGGAAGGGGGGCUGUGGUGGGUUCGAUUCUCAUUGAUGGCACCGCAGGAGAGGUUUUCAUUUCAGACGUAUGCUGCAUGCAAUUCGAUGCAUUUUCCAAUCCGGAUAAAAAAAUCCACAGUUGUGGCCUGGUCUCCUUCGAGAUUUUUUGACGUAUGCAGUCAUCGAGUACUGUAAGCCGUUUACAGAGAAGAUUUUCUCUCUCAGUCCGCCCAUACAGUUGUGGCACAUGAAUGCCAAACAAAGAGAAGAACUACUAGAAAACAACGGGUUGUAUGCAUCAGUCAGAAGAAGAAGCAAAAGGGCAGUGCCUACAAAGCCAUCCAAGUCGAAGCAUCGGUUGACGUCGGUAUAGGAUCGUUGGCUGAACCAAGAAAGAGUGCUACAAGGGUUGUAGACGAGAGAGAGGGUGUCCAUGACUAGAAGGAGGUCAAUCAACAGAAAUCGUCUUUCAUCCGUUUUGAAAACAAAACGAUCAGAUGGAUAAGCAAAUAGAUCUUAUCUUCCACCUAUCAACAUAGAGCACAAAGUCAUUUGAUCCAUAUCAAGAAGGCGAUUUCUUUCUAGUUUCCGAGAGUCAGUGGUCUCAGGUUGAUUAGAGCACUUUUCUUUCUAAACAUGAUCUACAGCAAGCCCGGUCGGUGGAAAGAAAGCAGACUUUCUAUCAUCUCAAAGAGAUGGUCUGUGAUCAGGAAGGCGCCGCUAGAUGUUUCACACAAGCAAGUCGCCUACUCAUAUUCAAAAGGCGCUACUGAGAAAGUAAAGUGGAGCACCCGGACCGUAUCCGCCCGGAUGACAAGAUCUGAUGUCAAAGAGGGGUUUAUCGCAGGCAUGGCUUUCUCAAAGAAAAAAGAAAUGACAAAAGCAAAAGACAGAGAUGAAAGAAGGACCAACGACGAUCCUAUACUAAAGGCGUUAGAUAAGGAGGAGGAGUAGGAGGAGCUUUUUUCAUUGAAGUAGAGACAGAAUCGAAUGAUGACGAGAGAGAAUGAGAAAAAGCCUAAAGGGGAGAGCACUUCUCAAUUUCACUUUGAGUACGGGGAAGUCCGCAGGGAGGAAUUCAUCUGGGCGUAUUACAGUUUUUCACCGAGGGGGUGGAUCGAAGCGAUUGCAGCGAAAAAUUGACCUGAAACGAAGCACUUCGUCUAUGGGCAUUGUAGAAAGGAUCGAAUAUGACCCUAAUCGUUCUUCUCGGAUCGCUCUAGUACGAUGGAUCGAGGGGGUGCUGCUACGCCGCCAGAGGAAAUGCAACACGAACACGAUAGAAGAGUUCGCUCCGCCGCGUCAGAUCCUCGAAUCUACCACGGCCACCAUCUUUUGCCUAUUUUCGUUAUCUUCCCUGCCCCGGAAAGUGGAUCAAAGAAAGGUAGCUUGCUCCCAAGCCAAGUGCUUGCUUACGCUUUAAGUAGUGGUCGGCGUUCCUUCCUUCAUGCCUCCUUGGACGAAGAGCCAAGGAAGCAAACAAACUUGCGCGAAGGACGUUUUCUUCUCUGCCCUGCCCUCUCCCUUGGCCAAGGGAGAGACUGCAUUCCUUUCCUUCGGUAGCUCUUUGGCUUUCCCAAGGAUAGCGAUAGCUGGGGCAAAGCCCGCUUUCUUCGCUCCGCGAAUGAGAGAGAAACUCAGAGGAAAAAAGACGGUUUCUCUUUGCGAGAUCCGAAAGGGGAGAACGCAUUGCGUUCUCUGGGCACAUAGGAUCAAACGUCAAGCAGCGCUUUCUUGGCAAAGUUUGAGGCAGCAAGAAAAUUUAGGGCUUGUUGGAGCUGCUGAGCAGAACGAAUCGAAGCCGAAGGCGGAUCAAGGUAGCUUGCCUGCCACGAAUAAUGGAGCGUGCAAAGUCGAUCGUGCACCUGUCGUGUGACCCGUUGGUCCUAAGCAAUGUCUUUCGCGAAGCGACCCACCUAGAAUCUCCUUUUAGGGAGGCACUAACAUGGAACUUCGAUCU